GCAUCAACUAACGAGCAGCUAGGCGCGCUAUCAGUGUUUGGAGUGUUUGAAGCUUUGCCCCGAGAUCGCCUUAGAAUCUCACAUCAACUAGUGGACCUUCUGUUCCUCUUCCACCUCCUUAAAGUUCCUUCCGGAAAGGAUUUCAUAUCGUGCGGUGUAGUAGCACCUAGAAGAGAGAGAUAGAGAGAGAAAAGGGGAACCAAGUCCACAACUGAUCAGCAUGGUGCGACUUCAUCUCGUGUGCGGUGUGUUCCUGUUUGCGUUCCUCAGCUGGGCCCACGGACAACCGGUCAAGGAUCAGGAGCUAGAGGAAGCGAUGAUGACCAAGCUACAGGACCUGCAGCGGCUUCGAGAUGCCUCAGGUUCAGCGAAGGCGAACGACGAGAAGAUGCAGCUAGUAGGUGCGGCAGCUGGGGGUGCGGAUAGUGGGGCUAGCCUUCGGCCAGCAUUCCCCAUGGUAGCCUCAGCCGGUGGUGGGUACAAGACGAAACGAUCGCUCAACAAUUCGGACCGCCGGACGUUGCUGUACAACUACUAUUCGCGCGGAUUGGCCCCGAUGUACGAGAAGCGUAACUUUGACGAGAUCGAUCGCUUCGCCCGGUUCAACGGUAAACGCAACCUGGACUACGAACCAUCGUACACCAUGGAUCACGGGUACAGUGGCCGCAUGAGCAAGCGUAACUUUGAUGAAAUCGAUCGGUUCAAUGCUGGUUUCAACUAUCGCCUGAACGGUGACGAGGUGGCCGCGAUCGGCAAGCGGAACUUUGACGAGAUCGACCGGUUCGGACGGUUCUCCUUCAACAAGCGCUUCUUCCCGGAGGUGAACGAGCUGAGCGUUCCGGCCCGGAACGGUCUGAAGCACGAUCUGUCCGAGGAUAUGGCCGUCAUCAACGAGUACUCGCAGUAAGCAGGGUGCCCCUGCCCAGUCCAGCCCAGCCCCUGCUCGUUGUUCGUAUCGUCCCGCCCGUGCGCCACGUGGGCAACAUGUCAGCAAUCAUCAAUUAGAUUCAAGAAAACGCACGCUGCACCGCUACACUACGUGUUACUACACAGACACACGCCGACUAAGCUACUACCCACUGCACUGCAUUAUCCUGCUGGAUAUACGUCGGAUUAGGAGCGAGGUUUAUCGUUUGUUUCCAUGUUGUGUGCGUCUGUGUGUUUCCAAACCGAGACUGUAGCUCCCCUGUAUAUGUAUGAACUAUGGAAUAAACCAGUGAACUGCUGAAAUUGAUAACGACAGAUUACCGGUGCAUAUGGAGUGACUUGAAUGCGAGUGUAGGACCGCAGGCAAAUAACAAAAAGGCAUCAUUAUGGAAAUGGAGGAGGGAAGGGAAGCGGGAUUCACGAAUAAACCAAUCGCCAAACGCCGCAUCUGAUGCGCUGACUGUAGCUGUUGCCGUACUAAUGUUUGCAGAUUUUUCCAAAAUGGUGUUACUUCUAUGUUUUAAGCAAGAAUUGUACAUUUAUCCAGGAUUUGUGUACUUCUAAUGAUUGUACAUCUAAUGUAAUGAUUUAAAGUAAACGAGAUAAUGCUUCAAGCGUUCGCAUUCUAUCAACUUAUUAAGCUUGUGUUAAUGAACAAUCU